AUGGGUUCUCCAUAUUUUACUGCUCAGGGCCGCCAUGAACUGGUCUGGCACAACAACAUUGCUAUCAAGUUUUUCCUCCACUACAUUGUGACAGCCAGUAAAUGCUCCGCGGUAUCCUCGGGCACCGAUGCAACGGAUGGGAAAGGUGUUCAAUCGUCAUCAAUCAGUUUCUUGCAGACGGUCGCUACAGCAACCCAAAGUACAGACUUCAGAGCCAAAGAACGCAGUCUGUAUGAAGUACAACUCAAAAUGUUUUCUGCUCCUGCAACGCAACAUACCCCCAUGACGCCUCCAGACUGGGAACGCCAAAUCAAUCCCUUAUCCAAUGACCCUCGCUCAUGUUUCCAAAUGGCUGCCACCCCUGAGAUGCGAACGGAUUCAGCCAACAUCCCGUCGGAGACAGGGUACAACUGGAACAAGGUUCGCAGUCGGCCAUGUUUAUUCAUCAAGUCACAGCACCAAAAGAUGUUUUCGGGGCAAAGUCUCGGCCGGACCAUUGCUUUGGGAUAUCGGUUUCCGGAGACCCUCGACCCGAAUUCGCCACAAUUGUCGGCUUUCAGCGUUGAGGAUAUCAAAACACCAAAACAAAAUCAGCCGUCGUACACGGGCUCUAUCAUUCACCUGCCGCAAUGCAAUCUAGCUUCUGAACGGCCACCGCCACAAAGCACCAAUAGGGUCGAUAUCUUUGCGUCUUCAGAUAUCCGCAUAAUAUCUAUCAUGAUGGUUCGCGAUUUGUCUCAAGGAUGCCUCCGGGCCGUUUCUCAGCUCCAGUCUACCACACGCAAGCUAGGGGAGCAUCCGCUAGCCGCAUCCUACAUCGUAAAAGCAGCCUGUUUCGGUCAAAGCCCCCUAUUCUCGCCCGCACAUCGCUAUGCCCAUUUUGGUCUUCCAUCUCUCUGCAACGGCACCAGGAGUCUUUGUGGAACUAGAGCCAUCCACAACUCUGAAAACGCCACCAUCUCAUACGAUGUAGCAACCGAUGGUAGUUUGGCGACCCAAAAGUAG